UGGUGGUUGCUAGGGCGCGUGGCUCACCCCGCUCAUUACGCGUCGUGCUGUGCGAGUUGUUGGACGCGUUGUUUCGCGCUCCGUAGUAAGCCGCAAUUUGUUUCGCGUUUUUUUACGCGCAAUAGUACACGGGGAGACACGUAUCAAACGGUUGUGGCACGCAGGGUGGGGGUGGAUUAAUGGUGGACAUUCUGUGACGCUUAUCAGCAACGGGGUGUAGGGUGUACGGUGGAAAUCAACAUCGGUGCGGGUGAUCUUUACGCGUGCGUUCACGCUUACCGCACAAGGGUGGGUACCCUUAAAUUGUGUUGGUUGGUUGGAGGAGUGGUGGUUCUACUGCUAAUAAAAUCAUCGAUCCCGCUAGCUGUCCAGUGCAGUGCCGUAUCAACCCCAGCGAACGGAACAUCCCAGUAAAAGGACGACUGAAGGGAAAAGCUUUUUCUUUUCCUUCUCAACGAUCAACUAAUCGGCCAUCGCGACGUUUUUUGUGAAGUGAAGGUGAAAGGUUCAAAGAAUAGAAGCGAAAUGUUGCGUAUACAUCAAACGGUGGUGUCGUUACUAUUUCUCGUAAUGCACUGUGUGGUGUCGUGUUCGAGCGGAAGUGGAAGAUCACUGAUCGCGGGAGAGAUGCAACCGGACAGCUCCUGCGAUCGGGUGGGCGAGCCACGUGUUUGCAUCGCGGAAGGAUGUCUGGGUGGUACGUACAUGCCGGGAAUGGCCGGUGAACAGUUCGAAGCAUUUUUGGGCAUUCCUUUCGCGAAGCCACCUGUCGGGGAGUUACGAUUUGCGGAUCCCAUCCCCAACGAACCUUGGAGCGAGCAGCUGUAUAAUGCUUCGUUCGAGCGAUCGAUGUGCAUGCAGCGGAACGAUCUGCUCCCGAAUCCACCCGUCACCGGUAGUGAGGAUUGUCUCUAUCUAAACGUUUACAGACCAAAGGAAUGUUCUGAACCGACAAGCUCCGUUUCCAAUUUACCUGUAAUAGUGUACAUCCAUGGAGGUGGUUUCUUCUCCGGUACAGCGAGCCCUUCAUUAGUUGGUCCAGAGUACAUAAUGGAUACUAAGCGGGCAAUAUUUGUCUCCAUUCAGUAUCGACUCGGUGUGCUUGGUUUCCUCUCGACGGGAGAUUCGGCCGCACCCGGUAACUUUGGACUGAAAGAUCAAACGCUUGCCCUGCAGUGGGUCAAGCGAAACAUAGCCAGCUUUGGUGGAAACGAUCAGUUGAUCACGAUUGUUGGUCAAAGUGCGGGUGCUACCUCCGUGCAUAUGCAUAUGAUCAGUCCACUAAGCCGUGACCUCUUCCAUCGGGCGAUUAUGAUGAGCGGUAACUCACUAGUACCAUGGAACAUUCCCACAAAGGAUCCACUAGCAUUGGCCCGCUCCACAGCCGAGGUGGUGGAUAUAAUGGGCGCAGAAAAUUUGUCCAUCAAAAGUUUGAUUGCGGCACUGCGUGAAAUUCCUGGAGAGCAGCUCGUCGGUAAUAUAUAUAAAUUGAAGCUUUGGUCAGUCGAUCCAUUAACACUGUUCCGGCCAGUAGUGGAAUCGAAAGACUCUCCCAAUGCGUUCCUUAUUGAGGAACCGAAGGAAAGUUGGCUGAAUGGGAACUAUCAGCAGAUUCCCUACAUGGCUGGAUACGUCCCGAACGAAGGAGCUAUCCGUGCGCUGUCAAUCUUCAAGAAUGAGGAAUUGUUUAACGAGCUGAGAAAUAACUUUAGCACCAUUCUACCGAUCCUGCUAGAGCGACCUCCAUCAAAGUCACUGAUUGAAGAGAUACGAUCACGGUUCCUGAACGACACUACCGAUGAAGAUCCGAUUCGACCGGAUAACCUACAAGCGUUCGUUAAUCUUUACAGCGAGGCUUCAUUCAUCUAUCCCGUUCAGUUGGGUGUUAAACAGUACAUUACCAUGGCAGACACCAACAUGGCACCGGCCAGUGUGUACAAACUGUCGUACAAAGGCAGAUACUCCUAUUCCAUCAUCUACGCAGCCGGUGAUCCUGCUGACUACGGUGUGGUACACUGUGACGAUUUGAAUUAUCUCUUCCGCCAAACCGCCAUUUUCCCCGACUACCCAGCUGGAUCGCCCGAACUCAAGAUGGUGGACACAUUCGUGAACUUUUUCAUCGAUUUCGCCACGACCGGCCGAGCAGCGCAGCUAGCCCCAUACCGGGAAUGCAAAAACGAGAACCAAGUGGACCAAUCGCUUGACUGUGAUGUGCAGGAGUUUGUUCGGGUCGGUGACGAGGUGCAGGUGAACGUUAUCAACGCCCGAAAUGAGGAAAUGUUUGCCUUCUGGAAGAAUUUCUACUGAAAACCAACUCAACAUGGUGGCAGGUGUUUUUAAUUGUGAUACUUAAUAACAAAUUCCAAAAUGUCCGGUGGACACAAACGGCGGACAUCACGGAGUACACAGUGCAAAUGUAAGAUAAUGUUCUAAUUCUGAAGAGAAUUGCUUUGGCUUUUGUUUUGUAUUUUUUUUUGUUUUUCGUUAAGCAUUAUGUACCAUAUCCAGUUUGAUUGUUGUGUUAGAUUAGUUUGUACUUGAUUUACAAAGUGUAAAUUGUGCCGGAAAGAGCUGCAAUUGUUACUAUACAUCGAAAUAAAAGGGAAUGUAAGAUAGGUCA